GUACAGGGACAGGAGGCACGGUCAAACCCAACUCAAGCUGCAAAGUUUUCCUAUUCAGGAGAAUUUGUGCAACUGUCAAAUGAUCAUUGUGAACUGAUAAAACUAUGAGGAGAUUUAGUAACAGUUGCUUGCAGUGUUGGUGUACGAGGUUUCGAGAAUGAUCUAAGCCGAGGAAUAGUAUGUGAAGCAUGAGAGGGAGGUGAAUUGACCAAUCCACAUGCGGUACAUCGACAACCACAUCUGUCAGUAGCAUCACAGCAACAUUACACCUAUGGACAUCCAGCAAAAUAAGUUUCAAACAGUGUCCCACUGUGUGGAUUUAGACAAUGACAGUGGGAAGAAAGUGCUUGUCAGCGUCUCGAUCUGCCAUAUCAAUAAAUGUGAUGGAUGCGACCCAUCAGGAGAGAAAGGUGUCCACAAGACAUCUUGUGCAUGGAACAUACUGACAAAUGAGACCUGCCAGGUGCACGAGGUCAACUCCAAAGGUUGCCCUAUCCACGAUACCAUUUUAAAUAGAGAACAUGGCAUUCAAAUUGAGAAGGAUCAACAAAACAAUGAAACUUCACUUGACAGUGUUACCACUUGUGCGCAGGAAGAUGGUAAAAACUCCGGCACGACUGUACACGAAAGCCAGACAAACGAACAACAAGGAAUGGUGAGUAAUGUAUCGGACGAUAGUGGGCCUGCGAUUAACCUAAACCUGAACAUAGAACCUGGUGAAGAAAAGGAAGUAGCUAAAAGUGAUAAAAAAUCCAGUACAGAUCCACCGGAUCCACCAAAAGACGAUGGUGGAAGUGGAGGUGGCCCAGUAUUUGUACAACCAGAUGAGCUGCUGAGUCCAGACAUACCUUUACAGGAUGCGAGCAAUGUUCAGAACAUGGUGUCAAAACCGGGUUUGACAGAAUCAUUAACAGUUCAUAAUUUGACUCCUGUAAAUAUAGGAACAUCCCUUAACUUCGAACAAAUCCAAAAGCACAGUGGAAGUACAACUUGUUCCUACGUGUAUGUUGAUAAAUUAGGAGAAAAUCUAUCAACGAGGUUGCCAAAUAUAAUAACAGAAGCCUUAGCAUCGUCAGCCCUACACCUAAAGGAUGAUGCUAGCAUUCCAGAAUGUUUGUACGAGCCAUAUCAAAAAAUAACAGCUCUAACAUUAGAGAAAAUACAACAGCUUAAAAAUAAAAUAUAUCAAUCUGCAGACCCAUCAGCCCAGGUCAGUACAGAUAUUUACAAGGUACAGGAUGGAAAGGCAAUUUAUAUUGCAGGAAAAGCGAGUCAAAGCGCUAAAACUGUUAAUAGCGAAGAACGAGACAGUUUUCUAUUUAGACCAGAAAAUAUGAUAACUAUUGAAAAUCCCAAUAUAGAGUACUCAGAAGAAAAUAUGGAUGUGGCAUUUGAAGAAAUUGAUGAGGGUAUACAGAGAUGUCCUGUAGAUGAAAAUGUAGCUAGCAAUAUUUCAAACCAAGAUGCUGAAGUGAUGCAAGAUGUUUGCAAUUCAAAAACAACAUAUGAAUGUUGCUGUUCCAAUGGUCCCACUCCUGUUGAAAAUGUAGUAACGGAUCAUGUAACAAAAGAUUCAUCUAAAAGUGAAGAAUCUGUAAAUGCAAAAACUACAGAUAUAUUAAUUGACCGAUUAAGUGAAAUAUCAAACACAAACAGUGUCAUGAAUGAAUUAAAAAGGCCAAAAAAGAUGAUUGCAGCAGAGUUCCAAAACCCACUCCCCCUUUUUAACGUAAGCAACAGACAAUAUGAACAUUAUAUCGAAUCACUUUCCAAUGAGAAAAAAAUGAUCACUUCAUCCACGCUGUUAGAGGUAAACAACUUGAACAACGAGCAUAUUGACAUAUUGACAACACACAAUACAUAUAGGGAUUCUGAUGCUGAAGAGCAUUCAUUUUUAAAAAGUAUCGGGCAAACGGUUGAUAAUGGUAAAAUGAAUUCAUGUAACUGUGUAAAAAACAAAUUUCACUCUUGCGGUCAUUCAAAAAACUUAAAUUUUCAAGAAGAACUUGUAAGCCAAAUGAUACAGACUGAUGAGGUGAAGUCGAAACAUACUGAUGGAGAAGAGGACGAACAAGACGAGGAGGAAUUAAGAGCAGUUAAUACGCUAGCGAAAAAGGAACUAUCAGAUGAAAAUUACAAGCUGCUAUCACAUAUCAUUGAAAAAGUUAAGCAAAAUGCUGCUGAGAUAUCGAGUGUUUUAAAAUCUCAUAAUAUGCGGGUUGAUUCAGAACAAGAAUUUUUGCCAAUUAAUGUGGAAAGCCCUAAAAAACAUAACAGUGUUCCGAACAACUAUUCAGGAAGGGUGUCAAGGCAAAGGUUUAAGAAGAAGCCACUGAUAUACGGGAGUAAGCUUGUGCUCUCUCCAGAAAUACCCAACGAAUACUUAAACGAAGAAAUGCGAAUUUUGGAACAGCUGAAAGGAGAACGGCUCCCUGACUUGAAGGACCACUCGUUUUUUUCACCAGGAAAGAUGUCUUCCAUAUAUGUCAAUCUGUACAAAGAUAUCAUUCGUAACAGCUCAUUCCUAAAAUCUUUAAUUCCUCCUAUAUCAAGCAACGGUCUCUUCAGCGAUGCAGUGGAGUGUCAUUUAAAUGAACAGAAGCGCUCAUUGAUUCCUUGGCUUAUAAGCUUAUUUAUUCCGACUUGUGAAUGUACAACCAGCAAAGAUAAAAAAAUCCCUUGAGUAAGUACAUUUAACUUGAUGUGGUUUAAAAAAAA